GAAUCAAUUGAUAUCCCUCGAAUUUUAUCUCAGCAGGGUGGAGAAGCAAUUUAUCCCUUACCACAUAUUAGAGCGUUAGAAGUUCACUCAAAAUUGAAUUUAGCAGCUUUGCUGUUUGCAAAUAUGACAGGUGGUGAUAAUUUGAAAAAUAGGGCUACAUGCACAAGGGAAGGAAGGAAACAGCUCUUUGCAGUUCUGCAAAGUGCUAGGGGAUCAUCAGCAUCUAUUUUGAAGGAAAAACUCUCGUCCUUGGGUUCAUCGGGAAUUUUGGCUGACCAUCAACUUCAAGCACAAUUGCAAGAGCAUCAUCUGAAGGGCAGUCAAAGUCAGCUUACAAUUUCAGACAUAGCAAGGAAGGCAUUCCUUUAUAGUCAUUUCAUGGAAGGCCAUGCCAAAAAUGCUCCAAUAUCUCGUCUACCUCUUAUCACUAUUUUGAAUACCAAGCAUUAUCUGACAGAUAUUCCUACUUGCCUGCCCUUUCAUUUGGAGCUAAAUUUCUUUAAUAAAGAGAAUCGAGUACUUCAUUAUCCUGUUAGGGCUUUCUAUGUUGAUGGAAUGAACCUCAUGGGAUAUAAUCUCUGCUCUGGAGUGGAUAAUAUUUACAAGAAACUUUAUACAUCGAUUCCUGGAAAUGUUGAAUUUCAUCCGAAGCACAUUGUCUAUAGUAAAAAGCAGCAUCUAUUUCUUGUCGUUUAUGAAUUCAGUGGUUAUACAAAUGAAGUGGUCCUUUAUUGGGAAAAUACUAAUUCCCAACUAGCCAACAGUAAAGCAAACACAGUUAAAGGUCGAGAUGCAGUAUUCAUUGGGCCCAAUGAAAAUCAGUUUGCUAUUCUUGAUGAUGACGAGACUAGUCUGGCUCUAUACGUUCUGCCUGGAGGAGCUUCCAAAGAAGCUGGUGAAAAAAAUUUACUACUUGAAGAAGAUCAGUGGGUGGAAACAAAUGCUGGUGCUCUUAGGGGUCCCAUGCAGUUUAUGUUUGAAAGCAAAAUUGACCGUAUAUUUUCCACACCAUUAGAAUCAACUUUGAUGUUUGCUAUCAAUGGGAAUCAGAUUGGUUUUGCAAAGUUGGUUCAGGGAUUUCGCCUUUCAACUUCAGAUGGUCAUUACAUACCAACUAAAACUGAAGGGAGAAAGUCAAUCAAGUUAAAAAUGAAUGAGAUUGUACACCAGGUGCACUGGCAAGAAACUCUUAGGGGCUAUGUUGCAGGAAUAUUAACAACACAAAGGGUGCUUAUAGUUUCAGCAGAUCUUGAUAUAUUGGCGAGUAGUUCCGCAAAAUUUGAUAAAGGACUUCCUUCAUUCAGAUCGCUUUUAUGGGUUGGGCCUGCUCUUCUUUUUUCUACUGCCACUGCUGUCAGUGUGCUUGGCUGGGAUGGAGUAGUGAGGACCAUUCUUUCUAUUAGCAUGCCCUAUACAGUUUUGCUUGGUGCUUUGAAUGAUCGAUUGCUUCUUGCUAACCCAACGGAGACAAAUCCAAGACAGAAAAAAGGGGUGGAGAUCAGGAGUUGUCUUGUUGGACUCCUUGAACCUCUUCUUAUUGGAUUUUCCACAAUGCAAGAAAAGUUUGAGCAGAAACUUGACUUGACAGAAACACUUUACCAAAUAACAUCAAGGUUUGAUAGUUUGCGAAUCACUCCAAGAUCUCUUGAUAUCCUUGCUAGAGGUCCUCCAGUUUGUGGAGAUCUUGCACUUUCAUUAUCCCAAGCAGGUCCACAAUUCACCCAGGUGUUGCGAGGUGCCUAUGCUGUCAAAGCUCUUCGUUUUUCUACUGCUUUAUCUGUGUUGAAGGAUGAAUUCUUGCGAUCUCGAGAUUAUCCAAAAUGUCCUCCAACCUCUCAGUUGUUCCACCGGUUUCAACAGCUGGGACAUGCAUGUAUCAAGUAUGGCCAGUUUGACAGUGCAAAGGAAACUUUUGAAGUCGUAAGAGACUAUGAAAGCAUGCUUAGUUUGUUCAUAUGCCACCUUAACCCUAGUGCCAUGCGACGUCUUGCUCAGAAAUUGGAAGAAGAAAGUGCAGAUCCAGAGAUAAGGCGAUAUUGUGAAAGGAUUUUAAGAGCUCGUUCUACUGGAUGGACACAAGGCAUUUUUGCCAACUUUGCGGCUGAGAGUAUGGUUCCCAAAGGACCUGAAUGGGGUGGUGGGAACUGGGAAAUUAAAACACCCACUAAUUUGAAAAGUAUACCUCAAUGGGAACUUGCUGCAGAAGUUAUGCCAUACAUGAGGACUGAUGAUGGCACCAUCCCAGCCAUUAUUACGGAUCAUAUUGGUGUUUACCUGGGAUCAAUUAAAGGAAGAGGCACUGUUGUUGAAGUAAGGGAUGAUAGUUUAGUAAAAGCUUUUAAGUCUGCAGGUGAAAAUAUGCCAAUUGGACUUCCAAACACUUCGGCUAAAUCCAUGUCUAAUGAGCCAAAGAGAUCGCCUGAUGGUAAUACAAAUGUUGAUUCCCUGAUGGGUCUUGAAACACUCAUUAAACAAAAUGUGAGUUCAUCUGCUGCUGAUGAACAGACCAAAGCACAAGAAGAAUUUAAAAAGACAAUGUAUGGUGCUACUGAUGGUAGCAGCAGUGAUGAGGAGGAACCUUCAAGAGCCAAAAAACUACAGAUUAGAAUACGAGAUAAGCCACUUACUUCUACUACAGUAGAUGUCAAUAAAAUUAAAGAAGCGACAAAGAUAUUUAAACUUGGUGAAGGGUUGGGUCCACCCAUGCGGACAAAGUCAUUAACUGGCUCCCAGGACCUUGGCCAGAUUUUAUCCCAACCCCCUGCAGGUGGUGCAACUGCAGCCACUGUUCCCACAGUUCCUUCCACUGCCACUGAUUUAUUUGGUAUUGACACAUUAACACAGUCGGCACCGGUAUCACAACCAUCUCCCAUGGUGGCAGGUAUGGGAGUUACAGCUGGACCUAUCCCCGAGGACUUUUUCCAAAAUACCAUACCUUCCCUCCAAGUUGCAGCAUCAUUGCCUCCGCCAGGAACAUAUCUUGCAAAAUUAGAUCAAACUUCUCGGCAAGUUGGAAGUGAUAAGGUAAUGCCUAAUCCAGUUGGCCCUUCUGUGGCUGACAUUGGUCUUCCUGAUGGUGGUGUUCCCCCGCCACAAGCUACUCAGCAAGCCAUCUCGCAUGAAUUCAUUGGACUCCCUGAUGGUGGUGUCCCACCAAAAGCUUCCAGCCAGCCUGUUGUCUCACCCCAGCUGCAAGUUCAGACACCUCAGGCCCUUCAGGCUUCUACUUUGUCACAACCUAUUGAUCUCAAUCUCCUAGUAGAUUCAGGAAAACCUCCCCCACAAACUGCUGCUCCACCAUCAGCUGUGCGACCUGGACAGGUUCCUAGAGGAGCGGCUGCUUCAAUAUGUUUCAAAGUUGGACUUGCUCAUCUUGAGCAGAAUCAACUUCCUGAUGCAUUAUCAUGUUUUAAUGAAGCAUUCUUGGCACUAGCAAAGGAUAACUCUCAGGGAGCUGAUAUUAAAGCCCAAGCAACCAUCUGUGCUCAGUACAGGAUAGCAGUUACUCUGCUUCAGGAAAUUGCAAGGCUGCAGAAAGUCCAUGGUCCAAGUGCUCUGAGUGCAAAAGAUGAGAUGGCAAGAUUAUCACGGCAUCUAGGUUCUUUGCCUCUUCUGGCAAAGCAUCGAAUAAAUUGCAUCCGAACAGCCAUUAAACGAAAUAUGGAAGUGCAGAAUUUUGCUUAUGCCAAGCAGAUGCUUGAGCUCCUUCUGUCCAAAGCUCCACCAGGCAAGCAGGAUGAUUUGAGAAGCCUGGUUGAAAUGUGUGUUCAGAGGGGUUCAGCCAACAAGUCCAUUGAUCCUUUGGAGGAUCCUUCUCAUUUCUGUGCUGGUACACUCAGCCGUUUGUCAACUAUUGGAUAUGAUGUGUGUGAUCUGUGUGGGGCUAAAUUUUCUGCCCUCUCAACACCUGGAUGCAUCAUCUGUGGCAUGGGCAGCAUUAAAAGAUCAGAUGCUGUUGCAGGACCAGGGCCUGUCCCUUCUCCAUUUGGCUGAGGUCUAGAUUCUAGAUGAAGGAAAAUUUUGCUUUUCUACUCUGGACAGCUCUGCAAAUAUUUUUGGUCCUUGUUACCAAAAUGAAGUUGCUGCUCCAGAAAUGUUGUCUGGAGAAUGUCUCUGUCACUUGUUCAUGGAAAAGAAACUAACAAUACCCUUUCAUUAUA